GCUAUUCACCACCACUAGCGGCGCUGCGCGUUGGUCAAUUCUGCCUCCGCACUGUUAGCGAAUCUGUCCACGUCUCUCUCUCUCUCUCGAACCUUUUUCCCAUCCCAAUCCACCAUUUUCUCUUCUAGAUAUCUGCUGUAGAUCGAUCAAUUUGGUGUGCGCCAUGCGGCGUUAAAUUUCUCUGCCUGCGGCUGUGCUUGUGAUUUUGAUUUUGUGAUUUAUAUUCUUGUUUCUGCAGGGUGUUUGGUGAUUGUGAGCAAUGGUGUUCUAUAAGGGCGUUUCUUUAUUGUCCAGGCUGCGAUCUCGCAGUGUUCAGCAGCCAGGUUUCUGCAAUACUGUACGUUGGCUUCAAGUCCAAACCUCCACAGAUGUUGACUUGUAUUCGGAGCUGAAGGAAUUGAUACCACAACAGCAGGAGCGCCUAAAGAAACUGAAAUCACAGCAUGGCAACGUUCAGCUGGGGAAUAUAACUGUUGAUAUGGUACUUGGUGGAAUGAGAGGAAUGACAGGGUUAUUGUGGGAGACAUCUUUACUUGAUCCUGAAGAGGGAAUUCGCUUUCGGGGCUUGUCAAUUCCCGAGUGUCAGAAAUCGUUGCCUGCAGCGAAGCCUGGAGGGGAACCAUUACCUGAAGGACUUCUUUGGCUUCUGUUAACAGGAAAAGUGCCAUCUAAAGGGCAAGUUGAUUCUUUAUCGAAGGAGCUGAGGAGUCGUGCUAAAGUUCCUGAUCAUGUAUAUAAAACAAUUGAUGCUUUGCCCAUUACUGCCCAUCCCAUGACACAGUUUGCAACUGGUGUCAUGGCUCUUCAGGUCCAAAGUGAAUUCCAAAAGGCAUAUGAGAAGGGAAUACACAAAUCUAAGUAUUGGGAAGCCACAUAUGAGGACUGUAUUAGUUUGAUUGCUCAAGUUCCAAUUGUAGCUUCUUAUGUCUACCGCAGGAUUUACAAAAACGGGCAAGUUAUCCCACCAGAUGAUUCCCUAGAUUAUGGAGGAAAUUUUUCACAUAUGCUAGGGUUUGAUGAUCCAGCCAUGCAAGAGCUAAUGAGGCUCUAUGUCACAAUCCAUAGUGAUCACGAAGGUGGAAAUGUCAGUGCCCAUACUGGUCACCUGGUUGCUAGUGCUCUUUCUGAUCCUUAUCUCUCUUUUGCUGCUGCACUAAAUGGUUUAGCUGGUCCUCUUCAUGGCUUAGCUAAUCAGGAAGUUUUGCUGUGGAUCAAAUCCGUGGUAAAAGAGUGUGGGGAAAAUGUCAGCAAAGUAGAACUUAAAGAUUAUGUCUGGAAAACACUCAACAGUGGGAAGGUUGUCCCUGGUUUUGGACAUGGAGUUCUCCGCAAGACGGAUCCUAGAUACACAUGCCAAAGAGAGUUUGCUCUAAAGCACUUGCCUGAAGAUCCACUAUUUAAACUGGUUUCAAAUCUCUAUGAAGUAGUGCCUCCAAUUCUUUUGGAACUUGGCAAGGUGAAAAAUCCAUGGCCUAAUGUGGAUGCACACAGCGGAGUAUUGCUCAAUUACUACGGUUUAACUGAAGCAAGAUACUACACUGUUCUCUUCGGCGUGUCAAGGGCUAUCGGAAUUUGUUCUCAGCUUAUAUGGGACCGAGCUCUCGGACUGCCACUCGAACGACCAAAGAGUGUCACAAUGGAAUGGCUCGAAAAUUACUGCAAGAAAGUAGGAGCCUAAGCUCGACACUCUCCCCAAAGAUCACGCUGUUUAAUGAUUGACUCACUCUCGAAUAAAUGGUUUCUUGAGGUUAGAAGGGCAGUUGAGCAUUCGUCGCCUUCUGUGCAAUGCAGACAAGGUCGGGUCAAUAUGAUCCGAUCUCCGACUUCAGGUUGGUUUAUAGACAGUUGUUCUAAUAUUUGUACAAUGCAAUAAAUAGUUAAAGUGUGCAUUCUGAGUGUGAGCAUGACAGUAGAAAGUUUCCCUGUUCGAAUGGGUUUAAUUGAUUUUAUUUUUUUAAAGACUAAAUGAUUUGAUCACCA